AAUCUAUAUACUCAUUAUUGAACUGAUUUAUUUAGCUGUAAUUCAUUGAAUCAAUGUUUAUUAAAUAAAAUUUAUGCUUCAGCAGUAUUAAUGUUUACUUUUUGCUCUUAUGUGAAGUUGUUAUGAAGUAGGAAACAAUGAGCGGGUUCCCCGUUUCCACUCGGAAGCUUAUUCUAGUUGCACUAUUUCAAAUAAUAAAGGCAGAAAAUGCGUCCGCGGAGCAAACUGACUCCUUGGAUCGAGAAUCUGAUCAUGAGCUACGGAAGCCGGGAGGAUCCACCCAGCGGCCACCUGAAGGCUCAUGUCAUCGGGGUGGGUCAGAUGAGCGAGUCCCAGGCUCCGGCUACCGAUGGCCCGACAGGACUGCUCUUCCUGUCUGACGGAUCGCUCCAGAUGCCCGCAGUGCUCACUGCCUCCGCCUGGGAGACCCUCCAGGAGCAGGAGGAUCGGGAGUCGUUCAGCAGCCUCCCGAACAGCACCGUGAUCCUGAAGAACUUCAUGCUGCAGUUCCACAUGGACCCGGAACAGACCAGAUGCUGGUUCUUCCUGUCAGUGGGGGAGAUGGCCACCUUUGCUGCGGGUCCCGUUAAAGACAGCCCGCCCUGCUGCACCAGCCUGGCAUCCGUUAGGAUGAAGAUCUGCAGAACCUGGAGGUCUCUGCUGGGUCAGGAGGACUCCCAGUCAAGCCAGGGUGGAAUGGAUCUGUCCGAGCUGCUGGGGGCGUGGCAGCACGACUGUCUGCAGACCCUGCUGGAGGACGUCAGGAAGAAGCUGCUGGCUCUGAGGAGCCCCCAACCCUCCACCUCUGCUCCCAGCCUGUCCCUGAGCUGCUCCACCCGCUGGGACCUGGACCGGGUCAGGUACAGAGGACAGCCCAGCUUCAGCAUCCCAGAGAGGUUUCUCCUCAUUCCAGAGGGAGAUGCUGGAGCUACAAGGCAGGUGGAGGCAGAAUGCCGGAAACCCGAGCCUGCAGGUGGAGGGAUGGGAUCCCGUCCAGAUGGAGGGACGAGAACCGGUCCAGCUAGAGGGACGGGGUCCAGUUCAGCUGGAGAGAUGGGGUCUGGUCCAGCUGGAGAGAUGGGGUCCAGUCGAGCUGGAGAGACGGGAUCCGGUCCAGCUGGAGAGACAGGGUCCAUUCCAGAUGGUCCAGCUGGAGAGAUGGGGUCCAGUCCAGCUGGAGAGAUGGGGUCCAGUCCAGCUGGAGAGACGGGGUCCGCUCCAGUUGAAGAGACGGGGUCCGCUCCAGGUGAAGAGACGGGGUCCGCUCCAGGGGAGCAUUCUCCUUCUCUGAUGGAGGAUGACCCUCCUCUGCCGGACCUAGCUGCCAUGCUUCCCUCCAAUCCUUGGGACAUCUACCCCCCUCCAGACGUCAGCUUUUGCUCCUCAAAUUCAUCUCCAGACUCGACUCCAACCCCGCCUCGCGCCACUCCAGAUUGUGUUGCCAGGGCAACCAGCACACAGCCUCCCAUCCACAGCUUUCUGCCUCCCUACCAGAACCAGCCUCUCAUCAGUCUUCCAGCUUCCUCUUCAUCAACAAGCCCAGCAGAACCUCAAGCAUCAGAUGGAGCAAACGCCCAGAACGGCCAGGAGGACGAUACUCAGGCGAGCUACAGGAAACCCAAGAGGAAGCGCUGUGAGGAGGCAGCAGUGGAGGAAGAGGAGGAGCUCAGCGGGGGGCCUCCAUCCUGGCUCUUCGACUCCCAGAUCGGAGCGUCCAGAAGCAGGGAUGAAGACUGUCCAACACUGACCGACGCUGGAGCCGCCCUGAGAACGCCCCCCAGCGUUCACAGCGACGGCAGGCCAUUCACAUACUCCUACACAGUGACGGGUCAGAACCUGCAGGACUUCAGCCGGUUCAGAGUGGCUGCGUCUCUGCUGCACUGGGCUAUGAGGUAUCUGCUGAGUCCAAAACCACCAUCAGAGAAGCCUCAUAGUGCUGUCUGA